UAAAUCGUAUCAAACCCUUGCAUUCCUUUCGACCAGUGAUCAGACAACCCAAAACAAUGUUUUCGCAGAGACUAAGAGCACUUAGGUCAGCAUCGUCCUUGGCUUCCAGGACUUUCUCCGUGGGGUCGAUGUCUCAGCAGGGGAAAGCGCCUGAUAUGGUUGAAGUGAGGAACAGGCUGAGAGAGAUUGUGGGAGCAUCCACGAACUGGAGAGACCACCAGCAGGCCAUGGCGGAGCGGGCGUCGCUCAGUUCUCUCCUGGCGCGCAGUCAGGACGAGCUGCCUGCGAAGACGAUGAAGGACAGCUUCAUCGAGGUCCAUCUCCCCCUGGGAACCCAGCCCUCCCUCAGAGACAAGUACCUGAAUUAUCACAACAGCGUCAGGUUUGGCAGAAUUUUGGAAGAUCUGGACAGUUUAGCAGUAUUAAUCUGUUAUUCUCACACGCGGAAUGAAGCGCUGAAGAAAUCACCCCUGUCCAUCGUCACCGCCCUGGUGGACAAGAUCGACAUGAGGAAGAACAUAAUCUAUCCGGACUGUGACAUUAAGUUCACGGGUCAUGUGACGUGGGUGGGGAAGUCCUCCAUUGAAGCCAAGAUGCACAUGGCUCAGUACCACGAUGGGGCGUACAGUCCGGUUUUAGACGCUACAUUCGUCAUGGUGGCGCGAGAUCCAGAAAACAAAAGGGCAGCUUUUGUGAACCCACUGAAACUGGAGGGCCCAGAGGAAGAGAGUCUGUUUCAGCAGGGCGAGAUUAAUAAGAAGAGGCGUGUGGAGCUGAGCACUGCCUCUCUGCUCAAAGUGGCUCCAACCGCUGAGGAAAGGACUGUUAUACACAGCCUGUUCCUUAACACGCUGGACACAAAAACGGUUAGUUUUCGCAGUCGCGUUCUGCCCCCAAACUCGGUGUGGAUGGAGGACGCCAAAAUGAAAGGCUUAGAGAUCUGUCAUCCACAGGAGAGGAACAUCUUUAAUCGUAUAUUUGGUGGUUUCCUGAUGAGGAAGGCGUAUGAGCUGGGAUGGGCCAACGCCUGUGCUUAUGGAGGCUGCCGGCCGACACUCGUUGCUGUUGAUGACAUUAUGUUUCAGAAGCCUGUGGAGAUUGGCUCCCUGCUGCUGCUCUCCUCACAGGUUUGUUACACAGAGGGGAACCACAUCCAGGUCAGAGUUCACACCGAGGUGCUCGACCCUUUGACUGGGCAUCACAACACCACUAACGUGUUCCACUACACGUUCCGCGCGGAUAAAGAUGUUCCAGCCGUUGUUCCCCGGAGUUACGGAGAGUCCAUGCUGUAUCUGGACGGAAAGAGGCACUUUGACGAGACCAUGAAGGGUCACUAAGGGAACGGCCGAGAUGAAGGGUCAAAGAGAGAGAGCGAGAGAGAGAGAGAGCUUCCUGCCAAUGCCUUAACAUUAUCACGCAUUUUACCACAGAUACACACACACACA